AUGGUGAUGCUUGCAUCGAUAGCUCGCAUAUCAAACGCCCAAGCGAUUGUUUAUGAUUUGGCCCAUAAUGCCACCACCAUUUAUGGCACUUGGAGCUCUGGGAGUAAGGGUGUCACAACUGGUGCAACCUUUGCCAACCCAGCCAACAUGUCAUUUAACUACCCUAAAACAACAGGAAUCUCAUACUCUUUCACAACUGACGGUUUCUACGAGAUCGCAAGGUACAGGUUCAACAGCAAUGGCUCAGAACCAACGUGUAUAACGGGGGUGAUUGGCUGGGUUCAUGGCACAUACACCCUCAACACUAAUGGCUCCAUCACCAUGUACCCCUUGGGCGAUGGAUUCCAACAAGUCCAAGAUCCCUGUGCAGCCGUAUCCAACUUUAUAGAGAACUACAACCUCACCGAAUACUACACGCAGUGGAGAAUAUUCCAGGAUCCCACACAGGGAUACAAACUCCACAUGUUCGCGUUUGAUGGGUCACCGUUAGCUCCCAUGUUCCAGCUUUCAACAACGCCAAACAUGCUGCCCACGCAACAGCUGCGGAAUGUGACCGCGGCUGCUAGUGCACCGAAGCGGCGUUCGGUUGACGUUUCUUCGGAUGCCAACGAGGUUCUUGGGCCUCGUUGGGUGGUGGGAGUGCUAAGUGCGGUAGGAUUGGUACUGUCGGCGGUUUCAUCGUUGGUGCUAUAG